AUGAAUAAAAUUAAGUUUGAACUAACCGAAGAGCAAAAAAAAUGUGUGGAAUAUCCCUUAAAUGAACAAAUGUUGCUGAUUGACGCUGACCCUGGCACUGGCGAUCCUAAGCAAAAUAUUAUGGCUUUUGCGGGGGCUACUGAGGACGUAUUCCAAUUACUAAAAGAAAAAUUUCCUGACUGUGUACAAAUGGAAAUAUCAAUCAGUUUUCGGGUACCCCAAGAAAUAGCAGUUAUGGCCAAUGAUUUUACUCGUAAGUUUAUGCCUCACAAACCAAAAUUGCGAACUAAUCAAACUAAUGGUGGCAAGAAGCCAGCAGUUUUUUUGGCGGGUCAAGCCAAAGACUAUCAAUUAUUAACUGCCCAGGAAGAGAAUGGAAUAAAGGAAAAAAUUCGUGCCAAUUUUGCCGAAAAUAAUUAUUCAGAACUUCCAGUGGCCACCCAAGAGAAAAAAAGCCAAAAAUUACAAAAGAAGUGGACGGAUAAACAAAUAAAAACUAAGAAAUUAAAAAGUCAAAUUGAGUUUAUCCUAGAAAAAAUCGAGCAAUUAGAUAAAUCAGCUUCGCGGUUUAUUAUGGCAGGUGAUAAUCAGAAUAGGGUGAUUAAACACCUUAUUAAUAAAAUCCAUAAUGAACUUAAAAGUCCGCUUUUUCCCCCACACAAGUUUAAUUCUCUGGAAAAUUUUCUCAGUAGUUUAGGAAUAAAUUGGCAUAAUAUUCCAAAAUUUCAAUUAAUAAUGGAAAAGUUUGACCAAGAAAGAAUGCUGAACGAAGAAAAAGAAAAUCAAAAUUUAAGUGUUGAGGAAAUUAACGAUUUUAUUUGGCAAAUUGAUAAACAAUUAAUCGAAAGAGACCUGGAAAAUGCAGGAAAAACUGUACUCUCGACUAUUCAUAAAGCCAAAGGUUUAGAAUUUGAUUACGUUUUUUUAAUCGCGGUAGACGAGGAAAUAUUACCCAAACUAUAUAUAACCGCUAGCUGUCCCGAAGAAUGUUCACGCUAUCUUCGAAGUUUAAGUCCUAAUUUAAUCGAAUUAAUACCUGCUAAUUCGCAACUGCUACCUCCCGAGGAGAAAAAAAAUCACUCUACUUCCACUUAUGCUUCGGUUUCCGAAAUGAUUGGCGAAAAAGGUGAAGAGGAAGUAUGGCAACUUUUGGCGAACAAUAAGAAAAUUAAGUUUGAAAGAUUAAUCAAGAACUGGCGAGAAAUAGAAGAUUUGCAAGUUGAUAUUUAUGGGGAAACUGCCCAAAACAUUUAUUUUAUUGAGGUGAAAAAUUGA